GAAUGCUUACCACAAACCUUUUCUCCCGUGCUUUCGUCCUAAUGUGAAAAUAUUACUUGAGAAUUUCACUUUUUUGUGGCAACUAUCAAGAGAACAGGAUGGUCCCCGAUGUCUAGACGGAACGUAGGGAUUUCUCUCACAUUUCGACAAGUCUCGCGGUGAUGGCGUGCUUCCACCAGGGAUGGAGAAUUUUCAUUCAACAGGGAAUAAAAAUGUCAAGUUAUCCAGACGCGCUGAAGUUUCCCUCACUUUGUUCUCAUUUUCAUCACCAUCAUUCUACAACAUCCAUCUAUCUUCUCGUCUAUUUCGAGAAGCGUCUAUAUCGUAUUGGUGAAUAGAGAAUUGAAUUCUUAGCUGCAUUCAAAGUAUCCACCAUGUCGAACAAGACUUACACCUCACAAGAACUGGGUAUCCACGGGACGCCGUCUCAGACUUCAUUGGAUAAUCCGGGAAAACCAGAUAUCGCAAAUGGAGAGGUCGUCCAUUCGGCUUCAGGCCAUCUGGAUGCCGUCUAUGGUGUCGGCGGCGUGGGACACACACAGAGAAGAUUGAAGGCUAGACAUGUUACCUUUAUUGGUUUUGGUGGUGGCAUCGGUACGGGCCUCUUUAUCGGUACGGGUGCAGCUUUGGCAAAUGCUGGACCUUUGGGUUUACUCUUGGCUUACAGCGUUGUCGGUCUUCUUUUGUGGUGUGUAAUGGAGUCAAUUGGUGAACUGGCCACUCUGUUCCCAACUGCUGGAUCAUUCCCCCAUUUUGCAACUCGAUUCGUCGAUCCCGCUCUUGGAUUCACUCUUGCCAUUUCUUACGGUUAUUGUUACACCAUUGCUAUUGCUUCGGAAGUUUCAGCCGCCGCCAUCGUAGUAUCUUACUGGACCGACAUCACACCCGCUCUCGUGAUCUCUAUAGGACUCGUCGCGAUUUUCCUCAUCAAUAUCGCUAACGUCAAGUUCUACGGUGAAGCAGAGGUCGUCACUGCUUCCAUCAAGAUUCUUUGUUUCUUAGGAUUGAUUAUCGUCUCUAUAGUGAUCACAGCCGGAGGCGCACCCAAUCACGAGUCCGUCGGAUUUAGAUAUUGGAAAGACCCAGGUCCAUUCGUUCCCUACGAUGGAAUCACAGGGAACAAAGGUAACUUCCUCGCAUUCUUUAGUGCAUUCAUCAACGCCAGUUUCUCUUACAUCGGUGUUGAAACCGUCGUUGUCGCCGCCGCGGAAACCGAAAAUCCACAUAAAUCGAUCCCCAAGGCCGUCAAGCGUGUUACCUAUCGAAUCUUGUUUUUCUAUGUCCUCGGUACGCUUCUCAUUGGAAUGAUCAUUCCAUCGAACGAUCCCGCUCUCACAAGUGGUACCGGUAACGCCAAUUCCUCGCCUUUCGUCAUCGCGAUCAAGAACGCCGGCAUCUCCGUCCUCCCAUCUAUCGUCAACGCAUGUAUCCUCACUUCCGCCUGGUCCGCCGGAAACAGUUACUGCUACAUUGGAGCGCGAAUGAUCGUCGCUAUGGCAGUCGAUCGUCAAGCGCCUCAAUGCUUUGCCAAGGUCAACAGAUGGGGUGUACCAUACUUGGCUGUCAUCGUAUCCUUCGCAUUCGGUCCACUGGCAUAUCUAAGUCUCGGUUCGGGAGGCGCAGCACAGGCAUUUACUUGGCUUCUCAACCUCAGUACGGUUGCGGGUCUCCUUGCCUGGAUGACUCUCUGUAUUUGUUACAUUCGUUACCAUCACGCUUGUAUUGCUCAAGGUGUCGAUCGUAAUAACCUCCCUUUCAAAGGACGCUGCCAACCACUCGCCGCAUAUGUCGGUGCCAUUGGCUCCGGAAUCAUCGUCAUCUUCUCUGGCUUCGGUGUUUUCAUUAAAGGCAAUUGGAGCACGGCGGAUUUCAUAGCCAGCUAUAUCGGUAUCGUCAUCUACAUCGCACCAUAUGUUUUCUGGAAAAUCUUCAAGAGCACCAAAGUUUCGAGGUCGAAGGACGUGGAUUUGUUUUCUGGAAGAUUCGAUGCCAGUUCUGCGCCAGUGGAACCGAUACCCACGACUGCGUGGGGCAAGUUCUUGGAUUGGUUAUUGUAAGAUUAUGAGGGGUGAGAGGGGAGGGAGCAGUGGAGUGGUGGAAUUAUGAUUUUUAAUGAUGCAUUUUCAACAACAUGAUACUUAGCGUUUUAACAACACUUAUACCCAGUCAAUUUUAAGUUUAUAUUAUUUUCUUCUCAUAGCCAUACCGCAUAAUUUUUUUGGAAUCAUGAUUCAUUUGUAUGUGUGAUGUGGGAUGUGAUGCGAUGGGAAGUAAAGUAACAAAGCUUGUUAUAUGUUUAACCUACCUGUUACUUUGGAUUUUGUAUAUACCAUACAUAUACAUAUAUACAUACAUCAUAUUUCUCGGAAGCGAAAACAGGACUUGGGGAUUGUGGGAGCGGGGAAUUGGGGAAUUGGGGAAAUGGGUGGAUGGAUGGAUGGAUAGAGUUUGAUUUCAGAGUUUGAUUUUGGUGGUGGGUAGGCGUGUGUGGGAAGGAGGGGGGGGAGGAGGAGAAUAGGGAUGGGGAUGGGUAUGGGCAUGGGCAUGGGGAGAUUUAGGUGUGAGAAAGGGAGGGAGGGUUUAUCUCGAGAGGUUUUGGAUUGGAAAAUGUGAGGAAUUAUGGGGUUAUUAUGUUUGUGGAUUUGGUUCUUUUUCUAUUUGUAUGUGUGUUAGUACAGUAUAGUAUAGUAUAGUAUAGUAUAGUAUAGUAUAGUAUAGUAUUGAGGAGGGGUCAGAGAUGGAGAUGGAGAUGGAGAUGGAAAUCAAAAUAUGGUUAGGGGGGGUGAGAUGUGAUGGGGGUUGCAUAUGCGAUAGUUAUCGUGUCUAUUAUUGAUACUAUGCAUAAUAUGUAUAUUUUGUAUGGUUCUGAAUUAUUCACGUUUGAGCUAUGUAGUUAGUUAUUUACAUAGGUGUGAUUUCUCGAGUUGAUUUUUGAUCUGUCAUGGUACUUGUCAAUUCGUUUUGCUGCUCUGUA